GCCGGGGAAGCCGGAAGCGGCGGCCGGCAGAGGUUGUGGCCGCGCAGAGGCGCGGGGGUGUGUCCCCGUCAGGAAUCAUGCUCGGCAGGACAGAGGUUUCAAGUUCCGAUUAUGCAUAGGUCAUCAGCACCCUACAGGCGCCUGUGGAGAAAUGGAAGAAUAUUCACCCCAGGGUAGAAACCCAGGGACCUGCCAUCUCCUUUGUAGCUGGAGAAGAUACACAGAACAAAAAGAUAUACCCCAAAGCUGGCCCUCCUGCCUCUGCCAUGGCCUCAUCAGUUUCUUGGGGUUCUUGCUGCUGCUGAUCACCUUCCCCAUUUCUGGCUGGUUUGCCCUGAAGAUUGUGCCCACCUAUGAGCGGAUGAUUGUGUUUCGACUGGGCCGGAUCCGCACCCCCCAGGGACCUGGCAUGGUUCUGCUCCUGCCCUUCAUUGACUCCUUUCAGAGAGUGGAUCUGAGGACACGAGCCUUCAAUGUUCCUCCUUGCAAGUUGGCCUCUAAGGAUGGGGCUGUGCUGUCUGUGGGGGCUGAUGUCCAGUUCCGUAUCUGGGACCCAGUGCUGUCGGUGAUGACUGUAAAGGACCUAAAUACAGCCACGCGCAUGACAGCCCAGAAUGCCAUGACCAAGGCCCUGCUCAGAAGGCCGCUGCGGGAGAUCCAGAUGGAGAAGCUCAAGAUCAGCGAUCAGCUCCUGCUGGAGAUCAACGAUGUGACCAGGGCCUGGGGGCUAGAGGUGGACCGCGUGGAGCUGGCAGUGGAGGCCGUGCUACAGCAGCCCCAGGACAGCCCAGCCGGGUCCAGCCUGGACAGCACCCUCCAGCAGCUGGCCCUCCACUUGCUGGGAGGGGGCAUGAACUCAGUGGCAGGAGGUACUCCAUCUGCUGGGCCAGCACUUUUGGCCACCCCAGCAGAUACCCUGGAGAUGGUGAGCGAAGUGGAGCCACCUGCAUCUCAGGGCCUGAAGCAGCCUGUGGCUGAGGGGCUGCUGACUGCUCUGGAGCCUUUCCUGUCUGAAGUGCUGGUCAGCCAGGUUGGGGCCUGCUACCAGUUCAAUGUCAUCCUUCCCAGUGGCACCCAGAGCAUCUACUUCCUGGAUCUCACCACAGGGCGAGGCAGGGUGGGACAUGGGGUUCCUGAAGGUGUCCCCGACGUGGUGGUGGAGAUGGCUGAGGCAGACCUGCGGGCUCUGUUGUGCAGGGAGUUGCGGCCCCUGGGGGCCUACAUGAGUGGGCGACUGAAGGUGAAGGGCGACCUGGCAGUGGCCAUGAAGCUGGAGGCAGUCCUAAGGGCCCUGAAGUAGCAGCCCUGGCUGACCAUCCAUUGCCCAGCCUCAAGUCUGGCACUAAGCUAGGGGGCUUCUUGAAGGAGGAGGUGUUGAUCUGCACUGUAGAAAGUUGAGGCCCUGAAGAGUUUCAGGGCCAAUCAGGAGCCCAUGGAUGGAGGCUGGGGGCCAGCAGCAGCUGGGAGUUCCUGCCUGCAGUGGUUAUCUGACAGGCCUUUGCCCCCACCAAGUGCCCAGCUUUGAGCUGGCUACACAGAGUAAGGACAGGAGAGCCAGGACUGCCCUGUCCAGCCGACUACCUGACAGGAGAGGCAGGACACACAGAACCAGCCUGAUGGCAGCUGGUGUGGUACCUGUGUGAAGGAUCAAAGUGCAUGGCUCAGGCUACAAGCUGAGGGGAUCUAAGAGGGUGGGGGAGGGGGAGGGAAGGCAACUCCCUGUAAGAGGCCCCUGCAACAGGACUGGGCUGGGCCCACCUUCCUGAUUGCAAUCUAGGCCAAGCUGGUGGGGGAGGGCAUGGGACUGCAGGGCCUGCAGCUUCCAUGGCCUCACUCCUGAAGACACCUUGAUUCAUCUGCCAGCUCCAUCCUGCAUGCCUGAUGAGCUGGGCCAGGGCAGCAUGCAGGAGAGCCCUGCUGUUCCUGUAUGUCUUACUAGAGGUUUAAAAGACUCUGACAAAUAAAUGUGGUGUUUCCAAUGUGGA